AUGCACUCAAAAAUAGACGCUAAGAAGCUGCAGUUGGUGAAGGAGCUACAUAAGCCAGCUAGACGAAAUUACCAACGUCGACAUCUCGAUACUCGUGGCAUUGAUGAGACCUGGCAGGGUCAUCUUGUGGAAAUGCAACCAUACGAGAGAGUAAACAAAGGAUACAAGAACAUUCGAACUGUAAUUAACACAUUUUCCACAUUUUCCUGGGCUGUUCCCGUUAAAUCCAAGAAGGGUGAAGAUGUAGUUGCAGCCAUGGAAUCUGUACUUUAUGAGGGACGCGUAGCGAAAAAUUUACAUAUUGAUAGAGGAAAAGAAUUAUACAAUUCGCAAUUUGAAUAUCUUAUGAAGCGAUACAAGAAAAAUUUGUACUCGACAGUUAUUAAUGGAAAAGCAUCAAUUUGCGAGCCAUUUAAUCGUACUUUAAUGAAUAAAAUGUAG